CGCAGACACGCCGCGCGAAUGGCUUGCAUCACCGCGAACAUCGCGGGCGUACGCCCGGCCACGUCGAGGGCCGCCCUCGCGGGCCCUCGUCGCGUCGCCGCGCGCGUCGCGCGGACCCGCGCCCCCAACGCGUCCGCGUCCGCGUCGUCGUCGUCCUCCGUCGCGGCGCCCUCGGAGCGGCUCGCGCUCGCCGCCGCCUCCGUCGGACGCGUCUUCCGCGCGGCGCAGACGCAGACGCAGACGACGACGACGACGCCGCCCGCGCCCGCGGUCGCGCCGCCGCCGUCUCUGUUCGCGCGCGCGCGCGAGUUCGCGUCGGAGCAGAGCGCGAAGGGCAGGGCGAUGGCGAAGGACCUGGGCGUCCAAGACGCGACGCUGCUCUUCGUCACCGCGGCGGCGAUGAGCUACAAGGAGAAGAAGAUGGUCGCGCUCAUCACCUCCGCGGUGGGGUCGUUCAUCAAGCUGUACCUGCUCCUUCUGUUCGUCCGCGUCCUCCUGACGUGGUUCCCGAACGUGGACUGGAUGCGCCAGCCGUGGAGCAUCUUGAGGCAGAUCACGGAUCCGUACUUGAACCUGUUCCGGAACUUGAUACCGCCGAUCAUGGGUCAGAUCGACUUCACGCCGAUCCUCGGGUUCAUGGUGCUGCAGUUUCUCGCGAAAGUGCUGUCGAGCGAUCCGUCCGUGGGGAGGUUUUGAUUAGAGAAGAAGAUCGACUUCGGCGAUGCGAUGCGAUGCGAUCGCGGCGCGCGCGGUGUGGUGUGGUGUUAUGCGUACACGUCGUGUUACAACG